CUUCACAUAGACUGGGAGGGUUAUUUGUUAAAGUUACUGACCAAUCGUUGGCACUUGUGUCUCUCCAGGAGCUUCUGUCGUCCGUUCUGUUACCCUGCUCUUUUCGGGACUAACACAAUGGAGAGACUGGAUGCGCUUCGGCAGUUUAGUUUGAUCAAAUGGCUCCGAGAAGAGAGACAAUCGAGGAAACUGAGUCUCUUCAUUGUUUUCGUCGCUCUGCUCUUGGAUAAAAUGCUGCUGACUGUAGUCGUUCCCAUCAUCCCCAGCUACCUGUACACUCUGGAUGAGUCAACAGACGUGGUGUUGAAGAUCAGCACCGCGUCACAGCCGGCAGCUCCAGGAACCUUUCACAGCAUUGUGUCCUUAUACGACAACACUGUGAGGUCUUCAGGUUCCAACACCACAGCCUGGUCUCCGGACCUGGUCCCUACGGCCCCCACUGCCACAGAGGUGCCACACAACUCCUCUGACUGCCCCCAGUCUGCCAGUACGCUGCUCAAUGAGAAUGUCAAAGUGGGAUUGCUGUUCGCAUCCAAGGCCACCGUACAGCUGAUUACCAACCCCUUCAUAGGCCCACUCACAAACAGAAUAGGAUACCAGCUUCCCCUAUUCGCUGGCUUCUGUAUCAUGUUCCUCUCCACUAUCAUGUUUGCCUUCUCAUCGAGCUACGCUCUGCUGUUUGUGGCCAGAUCCCUGCAGGGUGUGGGCUCGUCCUGCUCCACUGUGGCUGGGAUGGGAAUGAUUGCGAGUGUGUACACAGAUGAGGAGAGAGGCCACGCCAUCGGGAUCGCCCUGGGGGGGGUGGCAUUGGGAGUGUUCGUUGGACCCCCAUUCGGCAGUGUGAUGUAUGAGUUUGUUGGGAAGACUGCUCCUUUCCUUAUUCUGGCUUUCCUGGCUUUGUUUGAUGGAGCUCUGCAGCUCUUUGUUCUUCAGCCCACCAAGGUGGAACCAGAGAGUCAGAAGGGGACCCCGCUGUUGACGCUAAUGAAGGAUCCAUACAUUCUGAUUGCAGCUGGUGCCAUUUGUUUUGGAAAUAUGGCCUUUGCCAUGAUGGAGCCAACGCUGCCAAUCUGGAUGAUGGAGACCAUGUGUUCCAGUAAAUGGCAGCAAGGCGUCGCUUUCUUACCAGUGUCCAUCUCCUACCUUAUUGGAACCUACAUCUACAGCAUGUUGGCGCACAAGAGGGGGAGAUGGCUUUGUGCUGUCAUUGGAAUGGUGCUACUUGGAGUCAGUGUAAUAUGUGUUCCAUUUGCCAACAACAUCUAUGGUCUGAUUGUUCCAACCUUAGGUGUUGGUUUUGCUAUUGGCAUGGUGGACUUGUCUAUGAUGCCUAUCAUGGGUGACCUGGUGGACCUGCGCCAUGUGUCUGUUUAUGGAAGUGUGUAUGCCAUUGCUGAUGUGGCUUUGUGCAUGGGAUUUGCUUUAGGUCCAUCAAUCGGAGGAGCCAUAGCUGAGAGUAUUGGCUUCCCCUGGCUGAUGACCAUCAUUGGAAUAGUGGAUAUUAUUUUUGCUCCUAUUUGCAUCUUUCUCAGGAGUCCACCAGGACAAGAAGAGAAAAUUGGUGGUGAUGAGAGUGGUGAAGUCUUUCCGGAGUGCUGUCGACCGUCCCUCUCUGAUGUCGUUUGUGCCCACAUGCACGAUGAUGUGGAUGUCACGGACCUUAGCACCAGGGAAGCAGUAGACCUUGGAGGGACCCACUAA